AUGAGUUCAGGCUAUUCAUCUCGAGGAUUCGGUGGUGGAUCUUUUCGUCGAGGAUCGUCGAUGGGAGGCGGUAAAUCACGGCAGCAGCCCGGAGAAAAUCUGCGAAAACCCCGUUGGGAUACCGUAAAACUUCCUCCUUUUGAAAAGAACUUUUACAAGGAAGCACCCUCAUCUGCCUCCCGGUCAAGGGGCGAAAUCGACCGUUUUCUUCAGGAAAAUGAUGUCACUAUCAAAGGUCGUGAUGCCCCGCGUCCCGUAAUCACGUUUGAAGAAGCUAGCUUUCCUCCUUACAGUUACGAGCAGCUGAGUCGCAAUUUCGAGAAACCAACAGUCAUUCAGUCCGUCAGUUGGCCAAUAGCUUUAAGUGGAAGAGAUAUGGUUGGAAUAGCUCAGACUGGCUCUGGGAAAACGUUGGCGUUUUUGCUCCCAGGAAUCGUGCAUAUCUCACAACAAGCGCCCUUAGAACGAGGAGAUGGACCAAUUGUUCUGGUUGUCGCACCCACGCGUGAGUUGGCCCAGCAGGUGCAAGAAAUUGCCUUUGAGUAUGGCCAGAAAUUAAAUAUUCGCAGCAUUUGUGUGUAUGGCGGCGCCUCAAAAUUGCCGCAACAGCGUGAGCUGCAGCGAGGUGUUCAUAUUUGCAUCGCAACGCCAGGAAGACUGAUUGAUUUUUUGGAAGCGGAAGUGACGAAUCUUCGCAGAUGCACUUACUUGGUUCUUGACGAAGCUGAUCGGAUGUUGGACAUGGGAUUUGAACCGCAGAUUAGGAAGAUUAUUGAACAGAUUAGGCCUGACAGACAGACUCUUAUGUACAGUGCAACAUGGCCGAAGGAAGUGAGGAAUUUGGCUGACGAGUUUUUGAACGACUGCAUAUUUAUUAAUAUCGGAUCUCUUGAACUUGCUGCUAAUCACAACAUCACUCAGUAUGUGGAUGUAGUCGAAGAGUGGGAAAAACAUGACAGACUGCAUAAGCUACUUGAGCAAAUUACAAGGGAGUGCGAUCCAAAAACUCUCAUUUUCGUUGAAACUAAACGAAAGGCCGAUGAGCUUACGCGUUGGCUACGACGAGAAGGCUGGCCGGCGUUAUCGAUUCACGGAGACAAGGCUCAGGGAGAGCGCGACUGGGUUCUUACAGAGUUUCGCACUGGCAAAUCACCCAUAUUGAUCGCGACGGAUGUUGCGGCUCGCGGAUUAGAUGUGGAGGAUAUCAAAUACGUGAUUAAUUACGACUACCCACAGUGUUCUGAAGAUUACGUGCACCGUAUCGGUCGGACCGGUCGUUGCAACCGCAAAGGCACUUCUUACACGUUUUUCACGUUUAACAAUGCAAGAAAUGCCCGCGACCUAGUGCGACUGUUACAAGAAGCUGGUCAGGUGGUUAGCCCACAGCUGUUGCAACUUUGUGAAAUGUCUAAGUCAGUUAAGGGUAAGGGUAAGUGGAACUUUCCACUUUUAUGA